AUGUCAAACUUCGACAAAGAAAGCAUCAACACCGUGAUCGAGCCGAUCGAGGAGGUGAUGGAAGACGUCAUCGCGGCAGUGGUGUCUGAUUCCAUCGAGGUGACCGUCCAGUCGGUGCUCCAGGACGUCGUAACCAUGGAAUUUGGCUACGGACAACAUAUACACCUGGACACCAGCACCGAUAACUACAUAGACAAUGAUAGACGGAUGGUCGCCAUCAUCGGCCAAUUGGUCUACGCUAGGUUAUGUUGGUGUCAGUACGUUGUCCUCCAUGCCGCACGUACAGCCCGAAGACGUCUCCAGGGAGGAGAAACGCCGAGGACAUGUAGGCGAACGGCGUUGACAUCGAGGUCGUUCAAGACGACUUCCGACCGAGGGCUCAUUUGA